AUGGACUUUCCACCUCCACGAAAGGGCUGCCACCAGGGGGCGGACAAGACAGUAUCUCAGAGACGCUCCCCGCGUCGUUACGGACAACAACCCAAAAGCAGAGGCUGUGAAACAAAGGCCUUCGAGAAGUCAGGCGAUAAAGGUAGAGUGGACGUUACCAUGGUCAGGACACGUGGCCCCGCACUGGGACCCCCUGUCCCGAGCCCGCGAACCUCGGUAGGCUUCUGUUUCUCCAGUAUCUCCUUGGCUCCCGUGCCUAUCGGACCCAGCCUUAGAAACAGAAGCUACUUCGAACCUGAGGCUAGGGAAAGAACUUCAAAAAUAAUUUAUUCUUUGGGAAGAAAAAGACCAUUACCUAGAAUUCUUCCUCCAAGGAACCAAAUUUCUAUUGAGAACAUUUCCUUGGUGAAGAAGAUGAGGACAGUUAGAACUGGAAAAGUCUACCGACAGAUCUUUGAUGAUGAGGUCCAGCUCGUUCGUUCCUUGGCAGAGAGUCGAAAAAAGGCAUCAGAGCAUCCCGGGUCUUUGAAGUCUGGAAAGAUCCCCACAAUCAGAGAUGCUGAAAUACAGCCAGGCCAACUCUUAUCUUCUAGGCAACAAAUGUGGGCUCAGAGUCUGCCUAAUGACAAAACCACAGAAAAUCCUGUUUUGUUCAGAGAACUCCAAGAUGCUGCCAGGGAAAAGGCUCGUGAAAAUGAACACAUGAUUACUGUCCGAGAAGUCAGAGGUCUAACUGACAAUAUUGUUUCUGAGAAGAUUAAUAGUGACAUCAUUCAACGGUUGGAAAAGAUAAAAAGAGAAAACCACGAGUCCAGCUUGAAAAACCUAUGGAAAGAAAUAUCAGAGAUUGCGAUGGAAAUGGAAUCUCUUAUUAUGGAACCUGGACAGGAACUUUUGACACAACUGGCAAAGAAUGAUGAAGAAACUGAGACUCUCUUCAAAGAAAUUGAAAGUGAUGUAGAACAAGAAACUUUUGAAAUUCAGAAUUUGUGGGAACUGUGGGAUAAACUAAAUGACAAAUUCACAAAUAGAAGAAAAUGGAUCAAGAACUUUGAUGAAACACUAAGAAAGAUUGAAGCCACCAGAGCUGAGAAAUUAGGAGAGGUGCUGAAGAAAUACAUGGACAUUUUAAAAGAUAAUGCCUAUCUCCUCUACCCUGAUGUAGACAGGCUGAUUCAUAAAGAAGCUAUGAAUAUGAACCAAGCCCUACUGGGAAAUCAAAGGGCCAUUGCAAAAUUGUUCAUUAAUAUGAUGGAGGCUAACCUAAAACAGGAAAUCAGUAACCACAAUAGGUGGCAAGAUGUGAUAAAACGCUGGAAGAACAUGAAGAAGGAUUCGAUGAUUCAGAAUUUAAGGGAAUACCUGGAUACUGACAAUGUCCAGAAUCCUCCAUCUGUAAAGAGGGAAAUGGAUAACAUGAUGAAUGAGCUGGAAAGAAUAAACAGUGAGAGAAUGAGACUUCUCAAGUCAGUUAGAGAUAUUCUGCCUCCUUUCUACUCAAAAAAUAAGUUGAAUCAAUGGCAUGCUUCUUUUCAGGCACUGAAUAAAGAUUUAGAAUAUUGCAUUAUGGAUAGCAUGACAAAAAUACGCCUUCAAAAUGAAGAAAAUUGGUGGAAGUGUCUGAAGUAUUUGGAAGAUCGCAAGAAACAAUUGCUCAAAUGGAAAGUUUUCUCAAGAGAGGAGGUAGAAAAUUCCAUAAGUCCCUAUUUCUACCAGAUAGUAGGAAAUCUCCAGAGUCAAGUGGAAAAGGACCUGGAAAUGAUGCUGGAAUCUCUUGAGGAGAAGGCUAAUUUGACAGAGGUACUGAGCCAAGAUCUAUUCAGAUAUUUAGAGACAACCCUUCAACUUUGGGAGGUCCAUCACAACCAGCUGGUCGUGGAAGAUGCAACUAUUGAGAAGAAAAUAGAGCAGCACCGAUAUAAACAAAAUUAUGAGAAUGAGUUAAAGGAAGCAUGCUUAGAUAUUGUUCUGGAUCAGAUGAGACAACAAAACAAUGAGGAUUCUUUGAAGUGUUACCUGGACAAGGUUCGAUUUCUGCUCUAUGACAUUAAAAAAAGGUAUAAACACUUUCAUGAAGAUGCCCUGCUCAAUUUAAAAAACUAUCCGUUUAAUAUUCUGAAAGUGUUGAAGGCAUACAGUGCUUCUCUCAGUCAAUAUUUUUGUGUUAGAGAAGUCUAUGAACAGACCAUGGAAGGCGAGGUGAUAAUACGGUUUAGAGAGUCAGAGGAGCUUCUUCAAGAGAGUCCCUCAUAUUUACAUGAUAUGAUAAAAAAUUUUUUCAAGCCUGAAAGUGAUUCCAAGAUAAGUCUUUCUGCCAGCCGUGUGACAUCAGUCCCAAGCAAGAUUAUAAGCGAAACCGUCCAGGAAGAAGCAGGCGAAAUUGAAAAGAUACCGAGCCCUCCUCGAGAUCCCACAGAACUGGGGAUUUCAGACCUAGACGACUUUACAGAGGACGUAACACAGGAAAGCUGGGAAAUCGCAUCUUCUUACCAGGUUCCUAUAAUCUCUGAGAUUGUAAGAGAGGAGGAAAGUACAAUUGCAACCUCUGAAGAUGAGUAUGAGACCUUCAUAACUUCCAGUGGGAACAAGUAUUUGGCCUUUUCACUUUCUGAAGAAGCUGACAGGAAAAUGAUUUUUGCACGAGCUGAUAUAAUAAUAGAAGACGCUAACACUGUUGUGAAUACUGCCCCAUACCUUGAACAUGUGGAUUUGCCAGCUUCGAUGUUUUCAAAAUUAAAGAAAGAAGUCCGCUUUGAACUUUUUGAACACCUUGAGAAGUGGUUUGGCCAAUGCGUGACUAAUUCCAAGAUCAUUGUUGAUGCAAAGACUGAUGAGCUGAAUUCAGAGCUGGAGCUGAAGCUCCACUUACACAAACCAAGGCUCAGUCGCAUAAGGACGGAAAUCCAUAACGUCAGGGCGGCCGAGAUAACAUUUCACCAAGAACGGCUCGAUCGUCACUGUGCGAGCAUCAUGGAUACACUUCAGAGAGAGCGAUUAUUGUUCUAUAAAUUCAGUGAAGAACAAAGUAACAAGAAUAGAAACUUCCGGAACUGGAUGGCCAGCAUAGAGCAAGCCUUCUUCAACUCAACAACAAGUCGAAAGUUAUCUCAAUUAAGUGCCAGCCUGCACAGAGAGCUGCUCUCUUACGUGGAUGUUAUGCAGGUGUCUCUCCGUGGUUUCAAACAGUAUGUAGAAGAAAACAUGGAGAAACUUCGACUUGCAAAUAUGGGUUUUCUUAAAAGAUGCAGAUUGUUUUCAGAGGGAGGAAACUUCUCCUCUGAAGAACUAAGUUCAUUUUGUGGUAGACUAGAAAAGGAAUCCUCACGGAUUGAAUUUGUUGAGAGUUUUAUAGUGGUAAAAAUGGAGAAAAUGGAGAGUGACUACGUAGAUCAGGCAAAUGAUAUCAUUAACAAAUUUGAAAGUAAAUUCCAUAAUCUAUCAGUGGAUCUCAUUUUUAUGGAGAAAAUCCAGCGAUUCUUCACAAAUCUGCAAGUGAACCUCAAAUCAGAGGUGUGCAGGUCUAAUUUUCAAACAGAGACGCUGAAUAAUGCUCUACAACAACUUCACCACAAGAUAAGUAUUUGUGGUCAAGAGUUUGUGGAUCAAAAAACUGUAACUGCUGAAGAGGUAUACAGCUAUUCCAGACAAUUAAUGGAUAAAAUAGCCCAGAGAAUUCAGUAUCUCAAUUGCCAAUCAGAAACCCAGAAAGUGGAACUUCAAAUGAGACUUGAAGUCAGGAGACUUCCAGAGCAAAAGCGUGAUCGAGAGCAUAUUAGCAAGGUUAAAGGGAAACGUUCAAGACGACGGACUGAAAGCAUCAUCGCAACACUAAAAAAGGUCACGUCAGUGGCCAGUUCUAGCUCACAGGCAAGUGCCUUAAGAUACUCCCGACCAAACCGACAAGACAAGAAGUACCAGGUGUUUGGCGACAGGCCUGAUCGAACUGAUCAUUUUAAAAGCAUCAUCCGCUUACUUCUCUGGGAGGGCAAUGACACUUUGCUUGCAGUAGCAGAGGAUUUCUACCGUAAAGAGAAACAUUCCGUCACCAGGCCUGAGUUCAUGCAGGAUACCUUUGACCAAUGUGCUGAUGUAUUUGCAAAGAAGCUCUUAGACUAUGAGAACCAGACAGAAGAAUACCAUAAUUCCUGUCUCAUAGAGUUACGGGAUCAGCUAAAGGAAUUUGAGGAACAACUCCCUCUAGUCGCUCGUCUUGUCAUGGAAAACUUUCUCCAUCGACACUGGGAUAGCCUUCAGUCCAGCAAAGCAGAGAUCCAAGGACGCUUCAAUGAACAACUUGAGAAAUGGCUACAAAUAAGGGAGAAAAAUAAACAAGAGCUACAACCAGACCUUGGGCACCCAUAUAACUCCAAAACUUUGGCCUCUCUAUGCGCCAGGGAAGAAAAGAGGCAAAAGGAACAAGAUACUGGAAUUUUGAGCACUUCAGAGAAACUAGAGGAAUGUGCCAAGAAAUGUGCCCGGAAAUUUAUAAGCUCUUUGGCUAGCUUGGCUGAAAAAUUCCUUCAGCAGCUGGAUGAAGUCUUCACAGUGGAUGAUGUCCAAAUAGCAAAAUCAGAUCUAGUCAGGCACAAGGCAUCUGUCUUAAUACGUCGGAAAAUUGCUGGACUUCCCUUGGAUGAUGAGAGAGAAAAGCCACAAGGUGAACGAGGAAACAAGAAAUGGCGAGGAAUCAUCCCUACACCAUUCACCUCCACCAGCAAAAUAUUCAUCAGAGCAACCCCUACAAUAACCACCACCAAAAACCCCGGGCCACCAGGCAGUUGUGAAAGCAAGAGAUGAUGUGUAUUUGGUAUAUUUCCUAAGUGGCCAGACCACAGGUCACUCUCCCUGGUGAAGCAAGCAAACACUCCUCAGCUCAGUCAGUAG